CCACACUUCCUGAGUGUUCCACUCCCUCAGUGUGUAACGGUGAGUGUGAUGGUGACACUUCCACACUUCCUGAGUGUUCCACUCCCUCAGUGUGUAACGGUGUCUUAGUGUCACUAACACACUGCCUAAGUGUUCCUCUCUAUAUGUGUGUAACAGUGAGUGUGUUGGUGACACCACAGUUCUGCCAUAGUGUCCCCCACAAACAAUGUGUGAUGAUGAAGUUAAUGAUUUAUUGUGCGGUGGUGGCGGCUGUGGUAGGAAGCGCUGCAGGCAAGCUGUCUCCUGAGAGGUCCUACAAGAUCCUAAUGCUCCUUCCCGUCGGCUCCAGGAGUCACAGGAACGUAUUCAUGCCACUCGCUGAGGCACUGGCCGAGCGUGGCCACAAGAUAGUGAUGCUGACCAACCACCCGAAGUCAUCCAAACAUCCCAACAUUUACGAGACCACUCAUGCCCUCGAUAUCAUGAAAGAAGACAAAGUAAACAUGUUCGACCGCCGUAAGACACUGACUGGCCCGUUAUCGCUCAUGAAGACUGUACUGCCAACCCUCGCCAGGGACCUGUACGAAGUUCCUGUGGUGAAGGAACUUUAUGAGAGGAGGAAAGAGUUUGACCUCAUAGUGAUAAACCACAUGUUUAACGAGAUUGCAUAUCCCUUCCUUCAUGAGUGCACCUUCAUCACCUUGGCUACUCCAGGAAUGGAUCCACGCCAGAGCGCCGUCUUGGGUAACGUGCUCAACCCCGCCUACGUUCCUGUGUUUAUCGACUUCCCCAAACCCAUGAGCAUCUGGCAUCGCUUUCUCAACACCUUGGUUCACAUUGGAAGGGUGUUUAUUUGGGACAUGUGGGCCAUCGUGCCCUUGAUUCAGAAACAGAUCUCAGCUCAGUUCCCAGAGCUACCACCUUUGUUGGAACUUGAGAGGAACAUGAGUCUAACACUGCUCAACACCCACUUUUCUAUAGGCAUGACACUGCCUCUCCUGCCCUCACAGGUGGAGGUGGGCGCCAUGCACUGCCGCCCGGGUAACCCUCUGUCUCAGGAACUGGAGACUUGGAUCACGGGGGCUGGAUCUUCCGGAGUCAUCUACUUCAGUCUGGGAUCUGUCACGCGCAGCUCUUCAAUGCCAGUCCAGUACCGUGACAUCUUCAUCGGGGCUUUUCGCAGGCUGCCUCAGAGAGUUAUAUGGAAGUAUGAAGAAGAUUUAGAAAAUGUUCCUGACAAUGUAAUGAUCAGUAAGUGGCUUCCCCAGCAAGAUAUUCUAGCUCAUGACAACGUGAGAGUGUUCAUCACUCACUGUGGUCUUCUCAGCAUGCAAGAGUCCAUCUACCAUGCCACGCCCCUUCUUGCCAUACCUGUCGCUGCAGACCAGCCCAAGAACAGCAUUUUUAUAAAGGACUCUGGACUGGGAGAGUAUCUGGUGUGGGAAGAACUAACUGAGGACAUGAUCGUCAGUACCCUCACCAAAAUUAUUACGGACCCUUUGUAUAAGGAAAACGUGUUGAGGAAGUCGAUGCUGCUGAAGGAUCAGGUGACACCACCCAGGGAGGCUGCAGUGUUCUGGACUGAGUAUGUCAUCCGUCACCGCGGGGCGCCCCACCUCAGGUCCCCUGCUGCUCACCUCUCAUGGGCCGAGUUCCUUAUGCUCGACAUCGUCUUUCUCCUUCUCCUUGCUCUCUUCGUACUAUACUACAUCCUACGUCGCAUUCUCAGCGCCAUCUAUGGCAGCGACGGCAACACAAAGUUGAAGAAGGAAUAAUGAUGAUUUUCUAAGAAUUAAAAUGAAGGAGGAUUAUUCAUGCUGUCAUCCUAGUAGGAAGAAUGACUACAAAUUUCUAAACUGUAGCUAGUUACGUUAUAAAUACCUUCAUGUUAACUAGAACUAUAAAGAGAAAUCCACUAAUAGAAGGAUUACGAAUACUUUCCUAUUAAAUGGAAACUAGGUACAUUUUCCUAGCUGCUAGCUGUUAUUUUUUUUGUGAUUAGGCACAAAUUAUUAAAUUAAACAUUUCAAAACUGCA